CGGAUCGCAAAACAUACUUCCAGACUGGAAAAUGGCAUUUCUGAGGCCUUCUACUUUUCAAUCCUUGAUCCGGAAUACUAGGACACCUUUCCUGCGGGUCCAACAGAGACGAUGGGCGCAGGUGCACGAUGUCCGCUUCCUCGCCACGCAUCACGAUCCAAAGCUGGUGUUGGAGAGAUACCGGAACAAGCUAGAUGAGAAAGCUCAACAAGAAGGACACGGCUCCGUCGACUCACUGAAGGACGCAUACAAAGAGAAGAUCGAUGACUUCCGUCGCAAAGCGUCCACCAUUGUCACCCCGGAACCCUCGAAACCUACUCCCUCUCCAACAACAUCCGCAUCUCAUACUCCUCCCCCCCCACCUUCUCCCCAAGCCAACGCCGCAUCUGAAGCUUCUGGCAAAUCCUCCACGGGAAUCAAGCCUCUCAGCUCCUUCAUCGACGUCGAGAAAGUCCUCGACCUCCCACCAAAGGAGAUCGAAGCUAUCUGGCGUCUCCGCCAUGCCAGCAACCCCCACUCCGUCUGUGCCGUCAUCCCGGUAGAAACAUACCAGCGCAUUGCCUCGGCCGCUCGCCAAAACCCCCAAUUCGUCCUCCCCCUGCCCCGCACGCAAGCCGAGACCGAGCAAUCCGAGCAGCAGGGAGAUGAUGCCGCCAACGCCGGCGCAGAAAUCCACUUCCUUCAGUGGGCAUUUCAUCCGGCCGCUCCAACAGUCACUUCCGGACCUUUGGCUAGCUCUCACACCUCCACCGUUAUCUUCACCCAACUCGCCGCGUACCAGUUGCAUGGCUCCUACGCCCAGCCCCAUACGACUAUUACACACCACCUCGACCUAGCCGAUGAGAAGGGUCUAGUCCUCAUGCAUGGCCAGAUCAUGCCAGACUCGGGUAUUUCCUCCACUGACGCGACCUGGUUGGUUAGCUGUGUUCAGCGCUUCUAUGAUUUCGGUGGCCAGGCCAGUGGACGAAAGGGCGAGCUGCUUCGCUCGUUCACCAAGGGAGAUACCAACGUCUUCAAGAUCGAGGCGUUGCUGGAGGAGGCGGAGAAGUUGUAGAUUAUGUUACUCGUUUGAUUCUAGCGUUGUAUUACUUUUAACCUUUUCAAAAUUGGUUCUGUUUUUGGGAUAGACCUAGAAUACAGCAAUACUAUGUACGAUAGAUGGCACCGCUCAUGAUACUCAUUAUAGUCAUCCCCAUUUUGUGAGCCUUUGGCCAAGGGGUGGGGCUUCCUCUGGUUUUUGGUCUUUUAGUU